GUUCUCAUCCCAUGGACGAUAGUGGUAACAGAGUAUCAUCAUCCAAAAGACCGACGAUGAGAGAUGACGAUGGACAUGGAUCAGUCACUCCAUCAUCCGUAGACCAAGUGAUGGUCAACGACGACCUCGUGAUCGAGAUCUUACUCCGCUUGCCUGUUCUCACACUCAUAUUCUUCAAAUCCGUAUCGAAACGCUGGUUAUCUCUCAUCACCUCCACUGCUUUCUUCAAUCUACACCUCACCCGCUUUCCAAAUAUCCCUCCCCCGUCUGGUCUCUUUCUGCAGCAAACAAAUUCUGACUAUGACCACUUUGAACACGAUUUUGUGUCCUUGGUUAGCGGAAUCCCCCGGGGUAAGCUGAAAAAAACAUCAGCAUCCCCUUUUGUGUGUUUUGGCUCAAAUGCAAGUAAUGUGGAAGUUUUGCAGUCCUGCAAUGGUUUGGUUCUGUGUCUUAUGAGGUCUAGUGCAACUGACAAGAUUUACGUAUACAAUCCAUCCAUUAAUGUGUUUAAGAUGCUCCCACAAGUACAGCGUUUGACAUUAGAGGGUUUUUUGGACAAAUACAGAUUGGCUUUUGAUCCCACAAAAUCGCCUCACUACAAAGUACUGCGUAUUCGAGUGAAAGUCACGCGACCACAAAAUCUCUUUCCAACAUGGAUUUACUCUUCAGAAACAGGUUGCUGGAGAAUUGGUAAUACAUUUCAUUCUAGUAGGUUUCGCGGGCAUUUUGACAACGGAGUAUAUUGGAAUGAUGCAAUUAAUUGGAUUAAUGAUAGGAAUCGGGUUAUGCAUUUCAAAUUAGAUGUAGAGCAUCGAGUCAUUAUUACAAGAACACAACUCCCAGAAACUUUGCAUCGGAAAAUUCAUCCAAAGUUGUUUGAGUCUCGCGGUUGUUUGUUACUUGCUGCAAGCGAUGCCUAUCCUCAUCCCAAACGCUUGAAAAUUUAUGAGAGGAUGAAUGAGUAUUCUUGGUCAGUGAGAUACAUUAUUAAGUAUGAAGACUGUAUAGAGGCAUCCCUUAAAACCUGGAAGAUGUCUACAGUGGGGUUUCAUUUCAAUGUCCUGUUUAUGGUGGUGGGAGAAAGAGAAGAGGAAUCUUUCGUUGUGAUGGACCUACUUGGAAUGGUUGUAAAAUACAAUCUGUUGUCAAAGACUCUCCACGUGCUCUAUGGUAUUCACACAAAUUUGACUCCUAUCAGCGCCUUUCCGUUCAUUGCAUCUUUUGCUGGUGUGUAAUUCAGCUUUCUGGUUUCGGGUAUGAUUUUUCAUAUCUGAUAUUGUUCUGUCACUAUAUUAAUUAGCUGUUUUACUUAUGUUUUCGGUAACACUAUUGUUAAUAACUCAUUAUGUUGAAGCUGUUGCCCAAAAUUUGUCACAAUGUUCGU